UUAAAGGGCUGAAGGUUAUGUUUUCCUUUAAAAAAUAAAGUUCCUUUAGUAAAUAUGGUAAAUAUUUGUGUUUAUUGUGUUUAAUUAAUUAAUGAAAUUAAUAAUUUGGUACAAUGAUUGUUUGAUUCAUUUCCAAACUUCCAAAGUGGGAAAUUACAAUAAUCGGAGAAGAAUGACAAUUCUAUGAUUCUAAGGAUUUACGGAUAUUAAGAGGAGAUUAAAAAUAAUUUGCCGAGCCAUUCAUACAUAUGAACGAAGAAAUCUUCCGUGAUUUCACAAUAUUGGGUAAAAUUAUAAGUGACUGGAAAUUAUUAAUUUUAAUAUUCAAAAAUGAGUGCCGGAUGUUGGAAAUUUAACGAGGAAAAUAGAGCUGUGUACAUAGACAGGGAAGAUGAGUCUGAGGAACAAAAAUUAAAAAAUAUGUACAGUAAUUGGGAUCAGUUGCCGGAUAUUUUGCUUGAGCAGAUAUUUUCCUAUUUGACGAUUCGCGAACGUUAUUAUGCAUCAUUGGUCUGUAGAAAUUGGUAUCGUGCCUUUAAAUUGCAAAAUGUUUGGUCAAUUUUCACACUCGAGGAUACAACAUUGACGAGGGGGAAAUUUAAUUAUUACAGUGGUUGGCAAUAUGUUCUUGAUCACAUGAGAAUAUCGACUUGUUUGAAUAAAGUUGGAAAACACUUUCGUUGCCUUAUAUUUGAGCCGAUGUUGAAUUUUUACAAUUUAUAUGAAUUUAUGAAUAUGGUCUCGUGGUAUGCGGAGAGACAGGGCUCGGACAAUACUUCGGUGGCUGGUGUUGGCACGCAUAUUCGUCGAUUGAAAUUUACAUUUUUUUGCAAUAUGGCAAAUAGAGAUAAUCCUGAUCGAAUUCGUGUUUUUGGAACUGGUGGGAAAUUACUCGAGGCUUUAAAGAGAUUAAUGAUUAAUUUAGUUAAUCUCAAGUGUCUCGAACUUAUAGACUUGAUGCUUGAUAGUAAGGAAGCACUUUUUCUCAUGGACGAUAUUUGCGCGAAUUGUACACAAACUUUGAGGAAACUUAUUCUUAUUAAUGCAACGAGAGAAUUUUGUCCACUUUUACACGUCGGUGUCUUUCUCAAUUUACACACUUUGAUAAUAAGUCCUCAGAAUUUACACGAAGAUGUUGUGGAACUGAUUGGACAUACAAAAUUAAAGCAUCUUCACAUUGUGCAAAAUCGUUACAGUCCAAAGGACACUACAAUUCGUUUGCCGAAAAAUUGUUCUUGGGUGAAAAUGAGACUGAACAAUCCGAAUUUGAAAGUUCAUUUUGAGAUAGAGAGUCAAAAAUCAAGUGACAUGUCGUUAGUUGCUGAUUUAAUGAGUUAUAAAUCAAUUCCCUGCCACAGUAUCGUUUUAGACAGUCCAAAAUAUCAGGUUCCCGUCUCUGCAAUUAUAGAACAAGGAUUGUGUUUUCAAUUGUCAUUGAAAGUUUAUGCAUUAAAGGGAUUAUCGAGAUAUUAUUUACCGAAGAAUUUCGCCAAACGGAUCGACGAGACAAUUGUUAGAUUUUGCCGAUUGUGUCCAAAUCUUCACACACUGAUGAUUCAUGAUAAAAUAUCAACAGCCACGAUUCUCGAAAUUGUAUCAACGGCAAAAAGAUUACGCUGCUUGUACGUUCGAAAGAAUGUCAUUUUAAAAAGAUGCGAUCGAGAUUGGUCAAAUAUCACCGACUGGACAUCGGAACAUUAUCAGUGGAUUAAGGCGAAUAGUAAUUGUUACGAAAGUACUGAACGAGAGGUCUCGAAAAUAUUGGGCUACCGUUGGCAUAUGCUCUCUGAAAAGGAAUUCAAAAAUCAGGAAAUUGGUUUACACAUUUAAAUUAUAAAUCACAUUUCCUCUUUUUCUCACUUCCACCAUUGACUGCAAUACUCAUCUUUUUCAUGGUAAAUUUUCAAUUUUAUUUAAAAGCAAAAAAUAUCAUUUUUCAUAAAAUUCUUUCUAAGACUCUUUUUACAGCUUGUUACGAAAAAUCUUGAUUUUAAACUUUAUUCUAGUCAUUAAACAUGUAGAUCUUUUUUUGAAAAUGUAAAGUAAAUAUCCUAGUAAACGGCACUGGCAAAACAAAAAAAAAUAUUUUUAAACAUUUUUAUCAUUAUUUUUAACCAAUUAGCCAAGUGUCGCUGACUAGUGCAUUUACCUUAUUUUGGAUUGUUCAAAUUUUUAGGAAAACAAGGAAAUAAAAAGUUUUUUGUUUCUCAAUUCUGUAUUUAUUAAAAUUCACUUCCUAAUUUACAAUGAAAAAAUCAACAAAAUUAAAACUAGCAAUGCCCCGAUUAAAGAGCAAAAAAAUGAAUUAUUUUUAUCCAUACCAAUUAUGUUCGAUAAAAAAAAACAAAUAUAACAUUAUCGUAAAGCGAUAUAUUUUUUUU